AUGGCACCGCAGAAGAAGUUGAAGAAUGAGUUCUUUUUCAUCAUCAGGGACAAGCCGGCCGCCAUGGCUAUGAAAAUGGUCAAGGAUGCGCCCAUUGCCCAUCUGACCUCAUGCUAUAAGCCCACCAUGCAGACACCGCUCUUCUUUGCCUGCGCUCGCGCGCAAGGGCAGGAUGCUGAGGCAUUGGCCCUGUGCAAGCUCUUAGUGGGAUUCGGUGUCACACUUCACUGGGUGGACGAGUAUCAACAGACAGCACUGUAUUACGCGGCGCGGCAGGGCCACUCCAAGACGUGUGCUUAUUUGGUGCAGCAAGGCAUAGAUGUGAAUCAUGCUGAUCGGAACGGCGAGACCGCAUUGUUUUAUGCCGCAACCCGCGCUCAUCUUGACACCGCAGUGACCUUGAUCGAGGGCCGAUCGAGAUUAGACGUUGUGAACCGGUGGGGCCGGAACAUUGUGCAGGUUGCGGCGAAGGAGAUUUCGCCCCGACUUCAGGAAGAGGUGACCGCCCGCAAGCGCAAGGCCCAGGAGAUUUCCUCCGCAGCACCGGCCGCUCCGGCUGCAGUUUCCGCAGCUGUGCCGGUCGCUCCCCCUGCAAAGCGGCGCAGAGCGGCAGCCACGCCUUUGGAGGCCUUGCGAGACUGGGCUGACGAGUGGCCGGCCGGCGAGGUCUUGCAGGGCGGCAAGAUUGAAGCCAAGCCCCAGGACUUCAUCCGCAGUGGCGGGGGCUACGCCGUGGUGAAGACGCCGGUGGCCUGUGCAGCCCGGCUCCGCGUGUCAGAGAAGCACUUCGUAGUGGACCAUGCAGAGUUGCUAGUGAAGGAGAAGUGGUUUGCAGACGUGACUCACGAUUCCUGGUGCAGGAACGUGGGUGUCGUUGACGACACCGUAAAGCCUCCUCACGACCCCAUCAAUGCCAUCAAGGCUGUGCUGUCGGGGCAGAACCCCAUGCACUUCACGCUCUCGCUGGUGCACCUUGCAACCAGGGACAUUUCUGGAUACGUGCAUUGCAUGGAUCAGAAGGACGAGGAAAAGCUGAGCAUUUCCCACCUCAAGGUGGACUCCGCUCAUCAGGGCAAAGGUCUAGGUGGCAUGCUCAUCCGAGCUGCUGAGGACUACAGUCAGAAACUCGGCUGGAAGUGUGCCACCACCGGGCUUUCGGUGCUGGAGGCGAACAGCCGGGCCGUGAGAUGUUAUGCAAAGUAUGGCUUCAAGCUGGAUGGGGCAAGCAACCCAGCCACCUGGGGAGCUGACGAAAUGGAGGCCUCGGGAUGGCAAAGGUGGACAAAGAGCCACCCUCACGCGGCAAAGAAGGGCAAGGUCUGA